AUGGCACGACCCUACUCUACCCUGCCAGCUGGCGUGAAAGCAGCAUCAGAGGUUUUCAAUGUCUCAAUCCCGGAAGAGAAGGUCACCGAAAUGAAACAGUUGGUCAGGCUGUCGAAACUCCCACCACGGACGUAUGAGAGCGUUCAAUCUGAUCGUCGGUAUGGAGUGACGAGUGACUGGCUUCAAGAAGCCCGAGAUGCGUGGCUUGAGUUUGACUGGCGCAAGGUCGAGCAAGACAUCAACCAGUUUCCAAACUACGUCAUGCCCAUCCAGCAUGACGGCGACAGCCUCAAUAUCCACUUCAUUGCUCUGUUCUCUGAAAGGAAGGAGGCAGUUCCAACUUUGUUCCUACACGGAUGGCCUGGCUCAGUUCUCGAAUUCGUGCCCAUCCUAAAACUACUGAUGGAGAAAUACACCGCUUCGACCCUGCCAUAUCAUGUGGUAGUGCCGUCAAUACCCGGCUAUGCGUUCUCCUCUCCGCCACCAAUUGACAAAAGCUACGGCCUGGAGGACAUGGCCGCCAUCUUCAACACGCUCAUGAGACAUCUCGGCUUCGAGGACGGCUACGCAGUACAAGGCGGCGACAUCGGCAGCAAGGUCGCCAGAGUAAUGGGUGCUCUCCAUCCUGGCGUCAAAGCAGUUCACAUUAACUUCUGCAUCAUGCCCGAUCUAGGCAACAUUCCCGACUCCGAGUACAAUGAAUUUGAGAGGGAAGGCUUGCGGCGCAGUGCAGAGUUCAAACGCAUCGGCGCUGCAUAUGCCACGGAGCACGCUACGCGCACGAGCACUAUCGGAGCGGUACUAUCGAGCUCUCCGCUCGCUCUGCUUGCGUGGGUGGGGGAGAAGUUCUUGGAGUGGACAGACAAUGAUCCAGCAAUGUACACCAUCCUCGCCGAUAUCAGUCUUUACUGGCUGACCGAGUGUGCGGCGACGUGUCUGUACCCCUAUCGUCAACUCUUCACACCUGGGUACGUGGUGGCUCACGAGAAGAAGGAAUGGCGGGUCAAAGGCGCAUUAGGAUUCUCUUGGUUCCCGAAAGAAAUUGCUCCUGUGCCUCGAGCGUGGGCUGCGACGACUGGCGAUUUGGUCUUUUGGCGCCAACACGAGAAGGGGGGCCACUUUGCUGCGCUGGAACGGCCGCUGAGACUCGGUAAUGGAUCCGAUGCAUUGCAUUCCCAUGGAUUACCGCACUACCUACCGCGAGCGCCCCUUCGAAGCGCAGCCGAAUGGCAAGGCUUCAUUCCCCCUAGCAAGAUCCCAAUCAACCAUCCGUGGCUCUCGCGGUACUCAGCCUCCGCCCUGCUAUUUUUCGACGGCGCAUCACCAGCUGCUAAUCACAUCAACACGGAGACCAACGAACUUGUAGGCAAUCUAUACCAGCGCCCAUCCUUCCGUAUCGGCUUUGGGCGGGCUGCUCACGCCGGUGUGAUCCGAGCCUUCUGUGAAGCGUUCAUCCAAUCGCAAGGACACAACAUCUCAAUAGGACUCGUCCAAAACAACUCCCGCCAAACCCUUGCCGCCCUGUUGGCAGAUGUAGUCCAGGUGGCCAUCUCCGAUGAGCCUCAUCAUGUCAAUCUAGCCACCGGCGAAGGAUGGUGCGAGCCAAUUCGUCCCGUCUUCAACGACCACUCGAUACUCGUCGGACCUUCAAACGACCCAGCAGGUGUAAUCCGGCUGAACUCACUUGCAGCCGCUCUCCGUAAGCUUGCGCGAUCCACGCCCUACGAGCAAAACAGAUAUCGACAGAUGCUCUUCCACUCGUGCGGCGACGGGAGCGCGACAUUCUACCGCAAGCUGGAACUCUGGCACUCCGCGGGCAUAGACACUUCGCACGUGGAAUGGGCGAAGGCUUAUGCUCUCGAUCCUUUCGAGGCGUUGAUGAAGGCUCAGCGUGAGGGAGCGUACAUUAUGACCGAGAGGUCGACCUAUCUGUUAGCGAAGCACGGCGCUUACAUACCGAGUCUUCGAGUGUACAUCGAGGAGGAUCCGGCGCUGGUUAUAUCCUGCUCUGUUGUGAUGAACAGGGUGACGACUACUCACAAUGCUACCGCAAGGCAGUUUGCUGAAUGGCUCGGCAGUGACUCCGCACAACAUAUCAUCACGACGUUUGGACGAUCCCUCAGCUACUCCAAAUCAAUGUUUACAGCCGCCGCAGAGCCACACUUCGAGUACGGGCGGAGAUUGAAGGGCAAGCUUUGA